AUGCUCAGCUGGGUGCUGAACCGCGGCGCAGCUUCCUCUGGCGCGUCCAGAGAACCAGGCAAGUCGCACACAGACGGGAUGAUAUGGCUGCAUUUAUCAGAUGACACGCUCGCCGACAUAGAUCAGCCCGAUACGCCGGCUCCUGUCUUUGCAGCUCGAGCCCUCAAAGCGGCCAUAUUUGGCACUCCUGCGCCCGCCCCAGCACAUACAAAGAACCAACCACACAAGCAUAGGCAGUCUUUAGAACUACGAAGCACGGACGGCGUCCCCGGCAGGAGCUCUGCGGCAUCCGAAAUGCCGAUUAGCACACCCAGCAAACAACCGCAAGGUAUUCUGCUGACGCCAGGUGUCGGUACGGCGCGCCGAAAACGCGUCUCCUUUGGUCGUGAUGUGGCCGCUGCGGACUCUGGGGCGAAUAUCGCGUCGGAUGGCCCACAUUCGUCGCUCGCUACGUCAAGUCACGACAACGCCGAUACUCGAAGACCACGAACGUCUCUGACGGAGAAGUUGGAAAAGUCGCGACAGCUGAAGCCGAAAUCACAAGACUAUGAGUUUUAUACGACGAAGCCUGCAAAUGCCAAUAAGCAACAACAAUCAACAGAGCCGGAAGAUGGCAACUGGGAGGAGGCCAUCGAGGACGAGGAUGACGACCUGGACCGCGAUAGAGACGUGACAGUCGACCUCAACGAACCACACUCGCGAUCCGGGAGAUAUUGGAAGACGGAGUAUCAGCGCUACCAUGACGAGGCGCGUGCAGAAAUGGAGAAGCUGGUCAAAUACAAACAACUUGCCAAGGCAUACGCUAAGAACAAGGAUGCCGAGGCUAUGCGACUCAAGGAACGCUUGGCUGAGGAGCAGGCCAGGGUCGCCGAGAUGGAAGCCAAGGUGGGCGAGCUCACACGCCAAAUUGCCAUCAAAGUCAGCAAUAGCGGCGGUUCAAUGCAAGAGGACGCCGAGGUCAUUCGCGACUUGGCAAAACAGACUACACUGGCAGCGCAGUAUCGGUCACAGGUCAAGGAGCUCGAGGCCCUGGUCAAGAAGGGCCUGGACAAGGGCUCUUCGGAUCAUGGUGACGAUGGUCACGGACUACGGGCGGUAUCUCCUCGAACCAGCCAAACCCUCAUGGAAACACAACGGCAGCUCAAACGGGCCAGAGACCAGGUCCAGGAGCUGGGUGGGUUGAAGAGCGAACACAGAAAGCUCAAGACCGACCUGCGAGCUGCUGAGAAGCGUGCCCAGGAGCUGGAUAUUGCCAAGGACAGGGCUGAAGCCGAUCUAAGCGCCGCCAACACCGAGAACAAGGAAUUGGCUGCGAAACUGGCAUUGGUUGAAGAACGGGCUCGUCGCAAGGCGGAAGCUCUGGACAAGCUGCAGCAAGACUACGAAAAGCUGCGGGAAGAGUCUAGACGGGCCACUAGAGAGAAUAGAGCAGCGAUGCGUGCAAAGGACGAUGAGAUUUCUCGACUCAAGAAGCUUCUCGAAAAGAGUUCGGAUGUCCAGAUAACAUCCGAACGGGCUAGCGAGGAUCUCAACGCACCAUAUUCGACGGAUGCGCCCAAUGCGGACUGGACCCUCAACGUAACCCAACUUGGAGAUGUGGAGGGUCGCCCGGAAGUUCAACGUGCAAAUAGCGACAGGCGCCAAGAUGCAGUCAAGGAGCCUGCUGCCGAUAUUACCAACGAUACUUCUGGCUGGACUGCAAGACUAGAGCAGCUGGACAAGGAACUAAAAGUGGCCUCGCCCAGAUACGAAGAGCCUAAAGCUGAAGUUGCUGCCAAGGUGACAGCUGCAGACGAUGCCCUCACGACGGACUCGUUGCACGUCGACAAAAACGACUAUACACAGCGACUGAACAUGCUGGAGCAGCAUUUGUAUCCCACGGAUGCGAAGCCCUCAGCGAGAGACAGUCGUGCGGCACGACGAGACGCGACGAGGGCGACGGGGGCCGAGGAACGUAGGCAGAUCAGUACAGUCGUGGAAGAAGAUUCCGGCUGGACCGCCGGCGAGUCUCCGAUUCGAGACCGACUUCGAUCGAGGUCACAGUCAAGGCAGCGUCCUGCAGCAGCAUCUACGCCCCCUCGGGCAACAAUGGCAACUCGACGGAAGUCAGCGUCCGCUCUGACGGAGCGCAAGGGAAUUGACGAGGAUAAUUUCACGUUUGACAUCAACGACGAUGACUUUACCAAGCCGCUCGGCCGCUCAUCGGACAGCAUGUUGAACGACCCCGAGGCUACACCUCGCGCGGCCGCUACCGGUUCCAAACGACCGGCAGCCUCCGUGCUCGAUAGACGCGCGAGCGUCGCUGACAUGCCUGCCUCAAGGGCUCGAACGCGUAGCUACGAAAGCAAAAACAACCGCCCUUCGUCGUCAUCUUCGGAUGAGGACGUAAACAUCGACCUCCUAAGCAACAAAUUCGCGCGACUUGGAGCGGCGGCUAACAGCAAACAGCCCCACCCUAUGGAUGAUAGCGUCGUCGAUGCAUGGAGGACUAUGAAUACGUCGAUGCGCAGCACUGCGUCAACCCUCCCUCCCGGCAGACACGCGGCGGCGAUGGCUAGACUGGAAAAGCGGAGAGCGGAUCGAAGGAGGCGCGGUGCCGGCCAGGGGUUUGAUAAGGAGAAUGUGCGGCCGUGA